GGAAAUCAUAACAAUCGCUUUUUUUAUGCCGUUAAUGUUACAGUUUCUGAAGGAAAUAAAAUUCCCUACACUUCUGAAGUUAUUAUUGCAAAUCACAAAGGUUCAAUUACCAUUAACUGUCCAGUUCCUCAGAAGCAGCAUACUGAGUGGAAGUACUGGUGCAAAAUGAGUAAAAUGGAUGUUCCAUCCUGUGACAUAUUGGUAAACAGUUCUGGAUUUGUUCAUCAAAACUUCUGGGGAAGGGUAUUGAUACAGGAGGUUUUCAACACGACUGAUUUUAAAAUUCUUGUCAAUAACAUUAAAAUGGAUGACUUUGGGUUUUACCGAUGUGGGACUGGAAAAUUUGAUGAUGGAUCCAAUUGGACGGAUAUUCACAUUCAUAUCUUAAAUCCUACAAAUAAAAUACAGUACCGGAUUUUAAAGUCAUUCACCAGAUCUCCUGGGGGAGAGUUUGUGGCACAAUGCCGGGUCCCAACAUCUUUUAACUCUAUUUUGCUGAUAUAUUGGUGCCGAUGGAAUAAGACUGGCUGCUUGCGGUUAGUAGACUCUGAUGGAUUUAUCCAGAAAGGUUUUCAGAACAGAAUUUCAUUGAAUAACACUACCAAAAUGUCUACUGUUAUACUAAAUCAGUUAGAAUUGGGAGAUACUGGAUACUAUUGGUGCAUCAUCACUGAUGGACAGCGUGUGGAAACAUCAUCGGUGGAGGUCCAUAUUAUUGAGACCACUACAGCACUAUACUCAAAUGUUUCCAUUAAACAGAUUACCAGUGGAGAAACUUUUUCCUCUGCAGUUUUACUGACUACAACCAGCAUACCAGAAACUCACAUGAAUGUUAUCUUCAGACCUACUAGUGUUGAGAACUUGACAUCUACAUUAAACCUCAAUCACACUGUCCUGAAUACUGAAAUGUCUAAAUCUAGAGCUAAGCAAAGUUUUUACAACACAACAUGGCUAAAUCAGAUUGGUGGAACAUCUAUUCUCCAAAUAACAUCUGCACCUGCUACAAAUCAUGUCCAAAACAGUAUCAGUACUACAAGCAAGAAUCAUGCCACUACUAACAUAGUGAAAGAUACAAGUACACUUCUACCUACAAACAGAAAUAUGGCUCUUACUUCUUCUCCCACUGAGCAAGAAACUCAACAAAAUGUCACCCCCAGACCUAGUGACCUGGAGAACCUACCAUCCACAUUACACCCCAAUCACACAGUCCUGAAUCCUGAAACAUCUAAAUCUAGAGCUGAACAAGAAAACACAACAUGGCGUCACUUUAUAACUGCUGACAAUAAUCAGACUGGUGGAGCAACCAUUGUCCAGUUCUCUGUUGUCCGUGCAAUUGCUACAAAUGGUAAUCAAGAAUCUUACCAAAAUGUCACCCCCAGACCCAGAGACCUGGAUUACCUACCAUCCACAUUACACCCCAAUCACACAGUCCUGAAUCCUGAAACAUCUAAAUCUAGAGCUAUUCAAGAAAACACAACAUGGCGUCACUUUAUAACUGCUGACAAUAAUCAGACUGGUGGAGCAACCAUUGUCCAGUCCUCUGUUGUCCCUGCAACUGCUACAAAUAGUAACCAAGAAUCUUACCAAAAUGUCACCCCCAGACCCAGAGACCUGGAGAACCUACCAUCCACAUUACACCCCAAUCACACUGUCCUGAACUCUGAAACAUCUGAAUCUAGAGCUGAACAAGAAAACACAACAUGGCGUCACUUUAUAACUGCUGACAAUAAUCAGACUGGUGGAGCAACCAUUGUCCUGUCAUCUGUUGUCCCUGCAACUGCUACAAAUAGUAACCAAGAAUCUUACCAAAAUGUCACCCCCAGACCCAGAGACCUGGAGAACCUACCAUCCACAUUACACCCCAAUCACACUGUCCUGAACUCUGAAACAUCUAAAUCUAGAGCUGAACAAGAAAACACAACAUGGCGUCACUUUAUAACUGCUGACAAUAAUCAGACUGGUGGAGCAACCAUUGUCCUGUCAUCUGCUGUCCCUGCAACUGCUACAAAUAGUAACCAAGGAAUAGAAGACAACUAUGGGAUGACUGCUGUGCACAAGCCGAACUCAGAGGUGACACUGAUAGGAGAUUCUACAGGGGAACCUCAAUCCAAAACAAAUCAAAAUGAAAGCAGUUCUGAAAGACAGGUUUCUAGCUCAAAGAAUCUGAUCCUCGUUUUGAUCCCAGUACUGGCCAUUAGCUGCGUCAUUGGUUUUGCAACACUGAUUUAUGUUGUAAUGAAUGUUCGUAAAAAAAGAGCAACAAACACCAUUAUCCACCACCAGGAAAAUGUUUUGAUGAUGGACAAAGGAGCAGCAGAGGAGGAAAAUACUGAACAACACGAGCUCUUGGUUCUUGAGCUAACAAAUAGUAGUAAUCUCUAUAGAGAAACAGAAGUCUGAAGAUGAAACCCUACUAAUUAUCUAAAACGAAUCAACCAAAAUAACUCUUUCAUGCUGUUUACCCUUUCAAUUAAUUUAUUAUUUUCUCCAACUUCAACAUUCAGGCACUAGUAUUUAGUAAAGUUCUAUAUGGCAACAUCCAUAUCCUUGCUUUUAUCAGAUUGCUAAGAAUUGAGCUCUAAUGAGUAUUUAUGAGCUGGCAGGAGUUCGGUGAUAAGGGCUGCACAUGGAACUAUCAGAGCAGUUCUCUGACGGAGUCGCUGUAAAAUAAAAAGCCCGUCAGUUUGCAAAUGCACUUAAAGUGAAAGCUGUGUCCAAAAAAGUUAUUUUUUUUACUAAAGAUCAAGUGAAAAAAUGACUUUUACACCAAAAAAAGUAAAAUGUAAUAAUAAAUUGCCCUAAAGGUGUCCAUGGCCUUCAAGUAUUGACCCAAUUUUGUGCUUAUGAAAUAAGAAGUGCUCCCCAGUUGUUAAUUAUUGGGGAAUACCCAAUGAAAAGGCUCA